CCAAUGGCUCCAGCGCUCUCCUUGGGGGCCCCGCGCGCGUGUGUCUGUGUGUGCGCGCGUGCGUGUGAGGAAGAGGGGCAAAAGGAAAAGAGAGAAAACGCUGAAAGAAGAGGCUGUGCGCUGGAGUUUGGCGGAGAACGAAGCUGGACGUUUCGGAUUUGAGACUCAGACAUUUCCCCGGGACCCGCCGCGCGCUGCACGGCUCUUUUACGGCUCUUUUACGGCUCUUUUACGGCUCUUUUUCAGGAUUAAACCCUCCGCGGUCCGGUCUGCGCCGAACAAAGUAGUUUGGAGCUUUAAAUCUCCGCUCGGUGCCGUGUUGCGCCCUGGGCCACUCGGUUUGGAUCUGGUGGAGUUUUUGUUCGUCGCUCUCGGUUGUUUUUGGGUCUCGGAGAUGUUUUUUCGCUUUAAAUCGCUGCUUUGUGCGUGAAUGUGCGUGGAUCGCAAUGCUGCAGCUUGUUUUUUCUCCCGUUUUGUUUUAGACCAACUCCACUUAAUGUGGAGGCUCCGCUGCUCGCGCGCUGGCUGUGCACGCGUGCACGGCAUUCCUCUCUCAUUCAUGUUUGGCACCGAGCGUCUCCACAUCAGUUGUUUCAGGAUCGGCUCAUUACACGAGAGUAAACGCCAUUUCUAGACUCGAAGUUGUCGUAUGUUCAGGACGAAACGCUCGGGUCUUGUCCGGCGACUCUGGAGAAGCCGUUUGGUCCCAGACCGAGACACCGAGGACAAUGGAGGAGACACCGACGAGCUGUGCGCGACCAACCCGGAGAAGAUUCCCAAAACGGAGUUCCGAACGAUGACCCCCGGCGGCUCUCCCGUGCGGCCCGCGGGGGACGGGGGCGCCCCGGGGGGGCCCGCGGACCGAGGCGGGGGCGCGCCGAGCCCCCAGGGCCGGGACCGCGAGAGCGAGACCGUCACGUGCUGCUUGUUCAAAGACAGGGACCACCCCGAGCCCCCGGGGGACCCGGGCUCGUGCCAACUCACCCGGGGGACCCCGCGGGACGCGCCGCCGGAGCAGGAGCUGAAGACCGCGGCUCACUGCCUCCUGAAGCGGCUCAAGGAGCGGGCUCUGGACGCGCUGCUGGAGGCGGUGGAGUCGGGAGGAGGCGUGCCCAGCGACUGCGUGAUGGUGUCCCGCACGGAGCUGCGUGUGGCCGGUCACGCCGCGUCCCCGCCGCUGCUCGUGUGUAAACUGUACCGCUGGGCGGAUCUGACGCACGAGGCCCAACUCAAAGCUCUGCGGGAGUGCGCGAGCUUCGGGCUUCAGGACGAAGCCUCCGUGUGCUGCAACCCGUACCACUACAGCCGCCUGUGCGGGCCCGAGUCGCCUCCACCUCCGUACUCCAGACUGGCCGUCAGAGAAGACCACAAGCCUCUGGAUCGAUCAGACUCCACGGUGUCGUACUCGGAGAGUGAACCGGCAAGUUCACCCAACAGCUCCCCGGGCGACUUCUCAGAUGCCAGUCUGUCCCCGGACGCGCUCAAGCAGGUCCACUGGUGUAACGUGGCGUACUGGGAGCACCGCACGCGCGUGGGGCGUCUCUACACCGUCUACGAACACUCCGUCUCCAUCUUCUAUGAUCUACCUCAGGGCACAGGCUUCUGCCUGGGCCAGCUCAGCCUGGAGCAGCGCAGCAGCACGGUGCAGAGGACUCGAGGGAAAAUCGGAUACGGCAUCCUCCUGAGCAAAGAGCCGGACGGCGUGUGGGCGUACAACCGCAGCCGUCACCCCAUCUUCGUCAACUCGCCCACGCUGGACGCGCCGGGCUCCAGGGCGCUGGUGGUGAGGAAGGUCAUGCCCGGCUUCUCCAUCAAAGUGUUCGACUUCGAGCGCUCGUGCGCCCUGCGCCGCGGCUCGGACUCGGAGCUGGACGGGCCCUUUGACCCCAACAGCGUGAGGAUCAGCUUCGCUAAAGGCUGGGGCCCCUGUUACUCCAGACAGUUCAUCACCUCGUGCCCCUGUUGGCUCGAGAUCCUCCUCAACACUCACAGAUAACAGACUGUCCAAAUAUCUGCUACCUAGAUUUAAUAUAAAGUUUUAUAUAUUAUAUGAAAUCUAUAUUGUACUUGUAAAUACGGAGUCUUUUUACAUGUGGUUAUUUAUGUACGGUGCAAUGUGUAUACGGACAGAGGAACAGGAAAUGCACUUUGGCUUAUAUAUAUUAUAUAUAUAAACGUAUUAAGACAAUAAAUCUUUCAAUACGACCUGAGACACAAACGUCCACACGUCAGAUGGACACACCUGGAUUUGAUGUAUAGUUUUUAUAUACCAUUCAUAUCCAGUCCAACACACAUAGCAAUCACACCUUCAUAAUAAAGUAUUUGCAUUAAACACUGGCGUCUUUCUUUUCAGACUCGUCG